GCGGCUUUAAAAUCAGUAAAGAGAUGGUAGGAGUGGAGCUGCUGUUCCGCCAUCUUCUCCAAGAUUUGCUGCAUCGUGAAGAUUGUUUACUAUGUGCCGUUUUAAUAUUAGGUCCUAAAAUAACGUCCCUUUUUGAAACCGAUGGGGCCACCGUGGACUGUGGUGCGAUUUUGACGCUCCUAGCUCUUGAAAAUGUUUGAUUUUGAGCCGCCAUAUGCGGGAGGUGUUGCUGUUGCUUGUUUCGAGUGAAGAAAACGGCAGCCGAGGUGCAUCGACGGCUUUCGAGUGUUUACGGCGCUGCUGCUCUAAGCGAAACAAGGUGUCGGGAGGACGCUCAACGUGAAGGAAGGCCCAAAACCAAGGAAGGCCCAAGAAGAAAUUCACUGCCAAACGCACAUCAUCAGGGCUGAACGCGUUAGGCAUGAUACAGAAGGAGGAGGGCAAAUGGGUACCACACGAGUUGAAGCCACCGGACGCUAAUCGCAGAGUCCGUCAUGUGUGAAUUGCAAAAAAUCAUGGGGAUCCACCGGUCAUACUCCAACAUCAUCAACCGGGCCGUACAUCCAUAGCUCGAAAGUUGUGCUGAGCAUUUGGUGGGACCAGCUCGGCAUCAUCUACUACGAACUUCUGGAAACAAUUGAUGAGUUUAAGUCGAGCACCAAAAUUUGGUCAGUCAUUAGUUAUCAAGGUUUUUUUUUUUUGAAACCAUCGCCCAAAACCCGCCUCAUCCAUGUGAGCUUCCGUACUGCCACCGGUCCCACUUGUUGAGCGGUAAUGAUUUUGGCAUCGAAAUGAAAUCUGAUCCUCUGCACACCACACCCUUCUCACCGACCGGAAGCCGACGCCAACGGUGCUUAAGUGUUUACAGACGGUGGCAGGACUUGCCCGCUACACAAAGCACAUUAAAUCCGGCCCGUUGGACAGAGAGCGAAGCAGCACGGCGGCGUUUGUUUGUUUCGACAGUUCUUAAAUUUCCGCCCGUUGUUCGUUCGGCCAGUGCAUCGAUAACCGGAGUGGGGAACGCGAAAGAGAUCUUAUAGCUUAAAUUUUGGAAGAGAUUUUAAAAUAGAUCCUAGAACACUAAAAUGCUAGCUAAUUCCUAGUCACUAUAAAACAUUAUGUACUGUCAAUCGAUUUUUCAACCAUUUUUUUAAGCAAUCCGACUAGCUAAAUUGCACCAUCGCCACUGACCACCGGUACGGCGAUUCAACCCAAACACCCCUAUGACCUAUUAAUAGUUCUUGUUUGCUUCCAUCUGUUCCCACCACACACCAAGGAACAGAGAGCGAGAGGGAGAGGGGAGCCGUAACCAGACCUGGCAGGAAAGUAAGAAGCGCCGGACAGGAAUUAUUUUAUCGUGUAACCCCAAAAAAAACAUAUCCUCUUCCCCAAAAAGUAAACGUUCCAGUUGGAUAACGCGAUGGACGGAUGGUGCAUCUCGGCUACCGUCUUUGGUGGUCAGUUCGGAUUUGCGCACCGGAAGGAAUGGACGGUUUUACGGACCCACGUGAGCGAUAGGAGUUGUUGAAGAAGUUUUGUAGUUGAUAUUAGUUAUUGAAAUAAGUGAACCACUUGCGGUACAUUAGUGUUGUGAAAAGUUUUAUCAUCAAAACCCGACAAACGUAGGCGAGAAUCUAAAAAGUUGGAGAUAAUAAUAGAACCCGACAAAACACCAUGAAAACUGGAUUCCAAUUCAUACCGGAAAACCGGGCCCUGACCUAUAUUCCUGCGUCGAGAUUUUUCUGGGAAGCACCCAAAGCUCCCAACACCUCACUCUACAACUACCCGCUAGAACUAUGGAGCACCAUCCCCGAAUCGGAACUCAUCACAAAGCUGUGCGUGUUUGUACCGAUCAUCCUGUUCGGGCUGCUGGGUAAUGGAAUUCUUCUGGAAGUUAUUUUCUCCAACCGCACGCUGCGCACCCCAAGCCAUCUGCUGAUAGCGAAUCUGGUGGUGACCGAUUUUCUUACCCUGCUCGUGUGUCCCAUCUUCUUCAUGACGCACGACUUCUUCCAGAACUAUCUGCUAGGCCCGGUGGGCUGUAAGCUGGAAGGGCUUAUCGAAGGAGGUCUACUGGUUACAUCCGUGCUUGGUAUGUGCGUCAUCAGCUAUGACCGUCUGUCGGCAGUCGUACUGUCUUCCGGCACACGGCUAAAAGGACGUGGCACAGUAGCAGCGAUCGCUUUCUGUUGGAUCGUUGGAUUUAGCAUUGCGAUGCCGCUGUCCCUGUAUCGACACUUUAAGGUCCGCAACUGGAAGGAUCUGAUCGAGAUGUACUGCUACGAGGAUCGCUCCAUACUGGCCACGUACUGGGAGUUUCUGCUCGUUAUGCUUGUAUGGGUUCCACUCGGGGUGAUGCUUGUAGCGUACACGCUUAUCAUCGUUAAGCUGGAUCGCUACGAACGGAACGCACUCCGACGGCAACAUCCGAUGGUGGUACGGUACAAAAGUCGUGUCGCCAAGACACUCUACAUUGUCCUGCUGGCGUUCAUUGUCGUGCGUGUGCCGUUUACCAUAAUGGUGUUUGUGUACUACAACAUAGAACAUAUUGAGUAUUACCAAUUUAGUGAAAGUUUCAUCUUCGUCUGGUGGUUGGCGAAGGUGGCCUUCAUCUUCCUGAACGCCGCCGUCAACCCGCUCAUCUACGGUCUCACCAACAAAACCUUCAAAAAGGCUCUACGUGGUUCGAAGAUUUUGCAGUACUUGUGCCGACUGCCACCAGAAGAGGAUCCUACGCAAGUUCCCACCACAACCAAAGCCAGAAGCUAUUGUUGUUGCUGCUUCACGCGAGCAAAUUCGGAAGAGAUGGAACAAUCGUCGCAGGACGAUAAAGCACUCAAUCGGUCUCGAUUUUCCCGGGUCAGCAAGCGCUUCCGGGCUACAUGGUUAAACUCGACGUUCAAAAGCAGACAUCCGAAGAAUGAAACCACUGUGGAUGAUAAAUCUUAAAGUAGAAUGUGUUUCUUCACGCAAAAGUAUACAAAGCAACGCCAUAUAAUCGAUAUUAUUUAAUGUAGAAUGUUACGUACCUUGUAGAGUACACUUCCUCUGUAUCAUGUAUCUGCAAAAUCGCCUAAAAAUCACAAACUCUUAGUAAUUGAUUGCCAAGAAACACAGUUGCACUACCGUCUGACGAGCUGUACACGGUUCCACGAGAAAAGGCGCACAAAAUGACAGUUAACAUCAAAACGUCAUUAUUCUGUCAAAACAAGAUGAUUUUUUUAUUCUACAAAAUUCUUUUGACUGUUUAGUAAUCUAUCAAAGCUUUCUAAGGGAAAUGUAAAAAACAGUAAAAAAAAGGAAAUUUUCAGUUUUUUUAUUCAUAAAGAUCGGCCUGGCCGUAUUGCUGGAAAUUUUCAGUUCAGUUCCAAUGAAAGGAAACGUUUGAAUGGCUUUGAAAUCAACAAAACGCAAUG